CCUCCGCGCGCGCGUGCGCGCGCGGCAGCAGCAUGGCGGCGGCAGCGAGGGCCACCGCGGCGCUGGCGCCCGAGAUCCAGCUCGCCCAGCGGCUGGCGGCCAACGAGAAGGUCACCCGGGACCGGGCCGUGAGGAAGCUGCGCAAGUACAUCAGCGCCAAGACGCAGCGGAGCUCAGGUGGUUUUAGUCAUGACGAAAUGUUGAAAAUCUGGAAGGGACUCUUUUACUGCAUGUGGAUGCAGGACAAGCCUCUCUUGCAGGAGGCCCUAGGAAACACGAUUUCCCAGCUCAUUCAUGACUUUCAGAAUGCAGAAGCACAGCAUUUAUUCCUUCAGACCUUUUGGCAAACUAUGAACCGGGAGUGGAAUGGCAUAGACCGUUUGCGCCUGGAUAAAUUCUAUAUGCUAAUCCGUAUGGUCCUGAACCAGUCCUUCGAAGUAGUGAAAAGAAACGGAUGGGAAGAAAGUCAGAUUGAGCUCCUUCUGGAUAUGCUAAUGAAAGAAAUCCUGCACCCAGACAGCCAUGCUCCCAAUGGAGUGAAAUUCCACUUUAUCGACUUGUACCUGGAGGAAUUGGCCAAAGUGGGAGCUGAGGAGCUCACAGCAGAUCAGAACUUAAAAUUUAUCGAUCCGCUCUGCAGAAUUGCAGCCAAGUCGAAGGAUUCCACGUUGGUGGAGGUCAUAGUCCAGGACAUCUUCGAAACCAUUAUUGACCAGGCCCCUUUUGCCAUUGAAGAUUUGAUGAGGGAGUUGAAGGCCAACGAAAAAGCCAGUGAGCUCUCAGGAGAGGAGCAGACGUCCAGGAAACGGUCUCGGAAACAGGACCGAGGGACUAAAGCUAAGGCUUCCUCCCGAGAGGAUGACCCAGAGCUGGAAGAGGAGGAGGAGGAGGAUGGUGACGAUGAUGACGAGGAGCAGCGAGCCCCUCAUAGAAAUGCCGAUAAGGACAUUGGCCCUGUCCUUCAGUUUAACUUUGAAGCAGUUGGCCACAGGCUGUUUGAACUGUCCAGCAGGCAAAACAUUCCUGCCUUCAACCGGAAUUGUCUCUACAAACUGGUCCAAAAGUUCCAGAACUUGGCUGAAGGCAUCUUCCCCCGGACCGAUUUCCUCAAUGACGUAUCUACGGAUGAUGAUGAUGAUACGUUCAGUCGAAAGAGGAAAAGGAAACGUCGGACGAGAGCUAAAGUGGGGAAGGAGGGAGAUGGAAAAGAGAAGUCAAGGGCUAGGAAUCGAGGAGAAGAGUCGGGAAUGAAAGUGGAGAGGAAGAAGAAGAAAGUGAAGAAGCGGAAGAAGAACAACUAGGCGAGGAGUACCACUGGCAUGGGGCCCCCCAUGGUCACGUGGGUGCCUGGCCAGAUGGGACCCGGGGACGCGGAUGGGACAGCAAACAUAUCCAAGAGCAGGACGGGCUACCGCUGAAGGCCCCAUGCCAGUCGGCCAAACGGUCGAUGGAUGCGGCCUCGGCCGCGGGGCGCUGAGAACCACGGGGGAGCAGGGCCGUGGAGGGGGUGGCCGUCUGAAUGAGUGGAUGGCUGCGACCUUGGUGUCCCUUAAGAGCACACAGUGGGGAGGGUUGGGAGGAAGAGGUGAGGGCGGGGAGAGUUCCACCAGGGACGAGUAAGGGGGUGAGGAUGGAGGAAAGUAGGCUGGAAAGAAAAUGCAGAAAAGAUCAACUCCGACCCUGUGUAUCGUGUCUGCUCUGCCCUGGGGAGGGCAGGGUGCCAGGCCCUGGCCUGGAGGGUGCAGCUAGUGGCCAAUAAAACAGUUUUCCAAGUCCCAGG